GCUGCUUGCGGAGAUCAUACAGGUUGUCGCAAUGAGAAGAUUGAAGACAUCAAUGGCUGCCCUAAGACUCGUGCUCAGAUGAUUGAGAACAUUGACGCCUGCCUCAGUUUCCUGGUCGCCAAAGGAGUCAACAUACAGGGCCUGUCUGCAGAAGAGAUCCGCAAUGGGAAUCUGAAGGCCAUUCUGGGCCUCUUCUUCAGCCUGUCUCGCUACAAGCAGCAGCAGGCCCACCGCCAGUACUCCCAGCCCCACCUUAAGUCCCAGCCCCAGAGCCCUCAUCCUCCCCUGAGCCAGCAGACCAGCGCCCCAGCCCAGCUCAGCAGCCACCCUGCCCCCCCUACGCAUGAGACUCCGGCCCCCACAGCACAAGCAGCCCAGAAAACAGCACAGGUCGAGAUGCAGUCCAGACUUCCAGGCCCUAGUGCGAGGGUGUCCACUGCUGGCAGUGACAUCGCACCUCGCGGGUCGGUUGGCGCCGCCGGCAACCGGCGCAGUCAGGGCUUCACAGACAAGACCAAACCAGCCGCUCACCUGCACAAAGAACCGUCAGAGGGCAUGACUUCACAGACUCCGGUGAUGACUGAGCAUGCUCCGUCGUCCCCGGUGACCAUCAGCACUUCCGCCAACAGCGUCUCUACCUCGGCUCCCGUCCCUCCAUCCUCCUCCUCCUCUUCCUCGGCCAUCCCCCACCCCAACUCCAGCAGCAAGCCGUGGAGGAGUAAGUCUGUGAGCUCCAAGCACACCUCCUCCUCAGCCAUGCUCUCUGUCAAGCAGGAGAAGGAUACCUCCUCUAAGGCCUGCUCGUCCACCGAGCCCCCCCCUAAAGUCAUCCAACAGAAGUCUAUGCUGGAGAAGCUCAAGCUGUUUAACAGUAAAGGUGGAUUUAAGUCCUCGUCCUCCAGCAAUCAGGGGGCUCAGGCCGACAGCGGUGCCCACGCCCGGCAGCUCGGGGCUGGUGAAGUAGAGCGGGCAGAAGCAGGGUCCAACACCGGCUCCCUGGAGGAGGCAGAGGGGAACACCCGGCCCGGCGUCAACGGGACCGGUAACGGGACGACCCACGGUGGUGCCUCAGCCCAUGUCCCUACCAGUGCCACAACAACCAGCAGCCCCAAGAUCGCUCUGAGGGGAAUUGCUCAGCGCACGUUCAGCAGAGCUAUGACUGCUAAAAAGAGCUCAGUGAAAGGACUGGAGAAGGAGAAAGAGAAGGAGAAAGAGAAGGAGAAAGAGAAGGAGAGGGGAAAGGAGAAGGAGAAAGAGAAGGAGAAAGAGAAGGAGAGGGGGAAGGAGAAGGAGAAAGAGAGGGAAAGAGGGAAAGAGGCGGGGAAACACAUUGCCACCGAGAGGAUGGAACUCAGGGGGGAGGAGCCUAAGGAGGAAGCGACAACCAGUGUCGCAAUGGAAACGGAACCCUCCUCCAAUAAGAGAACUUCUAAAAUCGGCAGUUUCAUACCCAAAGGGAGCAAAGUGGCCAAGAAGGAAAGUUCUGUCCCUGCACACAGCGGCAUACCAAAGCCAGGGGGUAAAACCUCAGGGGUAGGGGGGAAGGCGCCCUCGGCAGGGGGGAAGGAGGGUGGGGAGCGUCCCCGGAGCAUGCGGUUGGGAGGGGGUCUUGUCCUGCAACGCGGACACUUGGACAGAGACAGGGACAGCAGGCACUCUAGCUCUACCUCUAGUCUGGCUUCUACAGAGGGCAAGGCCUCACAACAGGGCCACAGCGCCGCCCCGGUGGUGGAUGGUGGUAGUGGUGGCGCUACACAGAGCACAGCCUGCAACACAGUCAGCGUCCAGCUACCUCAGCCCCAGCAGCACCACAGCCACCCCAACACAGCCACUGUAGCACCCUUCAUGUACAGGUCACAAACGGACGUGGACGGUAUCAUGGCGACAGAGGCAGGGUCAGGAGGAAGGGGCGGAGAAAACAUCCCCUUUAAAGCCAGCCAGCCAUCCAUUGAGGACCUUUCAGCAGAAGAUCCAGAGACAAGGCGGCUGCGGACUGUUAAAAACAUUGCAGACCUGCGCCAGAACCUGGAAGAGACCAUGUCCAGUCUACGGGGGACUCAGAUCACACACAGCACCUUGGAGACGACCUUUGAUAGCAACGUCACCACGGAGAUCAGCGGUGGCAGCGGCGGCGGGAGUGGGCGGAGCAUCCUCAGCCUGACUUCCUCCCGGCCCUCCCUGUCGUCAUGGCGAAUGGGCCAGUCCAGCCCCCGCCUGCAGGCGGGGGACGCCCCCUCCACGGGGAACGGCUACGGGGGUCGUGCCUCGGGAGGAGGAGGAGGAGGGCAGGGGGGGCGCUACCUGUACCCUGGCCCCCUGCGGAGACAGCUGGCGGGGCGGGGAGGUGCCCUCAGUAUGGAUCUGGGGGGGAGAGGGGAGGAUAUUGACCUGGAGGGCAUCGCCAUGGAGGUGACGGGCUACAUGAGUGACGGGGAUGUGCUGAGCAAGAACGCGGCGCGCCCUGAUGAUGUCACCAGUGGCUACAUGACGGACGGCGGCCUGAGUCUGUACACGCGGCGACUCAACCGUCUACCUGAGGGCAUGGCGGCGGUACGAGAGACCAUCCAACGCAACGCCUCCACGGGCCAGGGAGACGCUGACAGUUGGGAUGACAGCAGCUCUGUGAGCAGUGGGGUCAGUGACACCAUCGACACGGAUGACAUCAACACCAGCUCCUCCAUCAGCUCCUACGCCAACACACCGGCCGCACAGCGCAAGGCCCACAACGGACAGCCUGUGACGGACGCCGAGAAGCACUCGGCCUCUACCAACCCGAGCGCCGCCUGGUCAGGUGACGAGGUCAGGAGGUUAGACGGGGUGUCGGAGAGCGGGGUCAGCAGGAUGGACCAGGGCUCCAAGUGGACCCGCCGGAACCCCUCUGACUUGUCUGACGAGGUGGUCUCGCAAAGGAAGACUCCCUCUAUGACACACACAGGGUCCUGGAGGAAGGGCAUGAGUGCUCAGGUGGGGGUGACCAACCCCAGGACUAAAGCUACUGGGACGUCAGGGUCCACCGCGAUAAAAACGCACAGCACAGGUAAAACAGACGACGUCAAGGUGUCCGAGAAGGGCCGCCUCUCCCCUCGCUCCGACGGCCUCCACAGCUCGCCCUCCGACGCCGGACGCAGCAGUGACGACGAGGCCAAGAAACACGCCCCCUCCUCCACCUCCACCGCUGCCUCCGCCCGCACGUCACACCCGCACGCCCUGUCCGAACCCCACUCCCAGUCACACACACUCACCUCCCGCACCCCCACCAGCACAUUUGGCUUCAAGAAGCAGAGUUCCGGGAUGGUUACUAUGGUUACCACCAGUGGCGCCACCAUCACGAGCGGGUCAGCUACUCUUGGGAAGAUGCCCAAGUCAGGGACGAGAUCCCUUGCCGUUGGGAUAAAGGUCGGAGGUCAAGAUGUGGGGUCCGGUCUAGGUCACCAUGACGACGGGUACCUCCAGGUGAGCACCCGCUCCACACUGCAGUACCGGAGCCUUCCAAGACCCAGCCGGUCCGGCGCCGCCGCGCGUAACGGAAACCGGUCGUCGACCAGCAGCAUCGAGGCGACCGUGCUUUCCGUUACCACUCACAGUAAAAGCAGAGACGUGGGAAACACUGGGAAAAUGAAUGGAAGUGGGACUGGGGUCUCGCUAGCCAAUCAGACGGACCGAGAGAAGGGCGUGUCAGAGGGCGUGGACAACCUGAGGGGAGGGGCUUCCAACGUACCUCUCACAGGGAGACAGCAGGUUGCCUCACCCACACUGCGCAGGCUGUUUGGUGGGAAGCCCAGUAAGCAGGCUCCGGUCACCACAGCAGAGAACAUGAAGAACUCGACGGUGAUCUCCAACCCUCACGCUACCCAUGCUGCCCUGGACUCCCCUGGAGGUGUUGGGGUGGAGAGCGAGGGCGGCGGCCCCCUGUACGGAGGACGAAACCUGAGCACGGGCCAUAGCACGCUGGGUAGCGAACAGAGUGCGUCCAGCCCCAGCUCUGUCUACUCCUCCACGGGGCCCUCCAACAGCCUGACAUGGGGCACCACAAUGAGCACUGGCUCCUCUGCCCAGAGCAGGGAGGGUACCCUGGGUGGGCACGGCGGGCACAGUGGUGGGGCGGGAAGCCUGGGCUACCCCUCUGUCAGCAGCAUGCACACCAGCAGCGAGUCCAUCGACAUGAGCGUGAGCAGCGCUGGGCAUGGAGGAAGGGACAGCAGGGAGGACACCCUCUCAGCUCUGGGCAGGACCAGCAGCAUCAAGACGGGCAUGUCUGAGAGCCCCCUGUCCUCCCCCUCCGCUAGCCCUAAAUUCAACCGAAACACCUUACCUCGGAAACAGGAAAGGGGUCCACACAGUGAUAGAAACACUCUGCCCAAGAAGGGACUCAGGUAUGCCCCAUCAGCCCAGCUGCGAGGUCACGAGGAGGCUGCGCGUGAUUGGCUGCGCUUCCAUUCGCAGGGCGGGCUGCAGGACUCGACCAGUAACUCUCCCUUCUCACCUGGAUCCAGCCUCACCUCACCCUCCGGGACACGCUUCAACUUUGGACAGCUCGCGGGUAGCCCCACCACAGCUGCUCAGAUAAACCUGGCCAGCCUCCGGAACAACAGUCUGACCAAUCAGGACAUCACCUUUGACCCCUGUGGUGACACCCGCCUGAGGAACUCCUGCGUGUCAUUGGACGAGAAGACUCGCACCAUGAGCCGCUCUGGUUCCUUCAGAGAGGGCUUUGAGGAGGUUCACGGCUCCUCCCUGUCUCUGGUCUAGACCUCCUCUAUCUACUCUACGACCGAAGAGAAAUCCCAGUCAGAGAUCCGUAAGCUGCGUAGAGAGCUGGAUGCCUCCCAGGAAAAAGUCUCGGCCCUGACGACACAGCUGAGUGCUAAUGCUCACCUGGUGGCAGCGUUUGAACAGAGCCUGGGUAACAUGACCAUCAGACUGAAGAGUCUCACUAUGACCGCUGAGCACAAGGACUGUGAGCUGAACGAGCUGAGGAAGAACAUCGAGCUGCUGAAGAAGCAGAACAACGUGGCCCAGGCCGCCAUCAACGGAGUCAUCAACACCCCUGAACUCACCUGGAAACAGAACAGGACAGGUGGUGGUAGUAAUGGCAGCCCCCUGCAGCAGCAGCAGCAGCAGCCAGACCUACGGAUGAGGAGACAGCACUCGUCAGACAGCGUCAGCAGCAUUGCCAGUGCAACCAGCCACUCCAGUGUGGGAUCCAACAUGGACUCCGACGCUAAGAACAAGAACAAGAACAAGAAGAACUGGGUCUAUGAGUUGCGGAGCUCCUUCAAGCAGGCGUUCAGUAAGAAGAAGUCUCCCAAGUCCGCCUCGUCCCACUCUGACAUAGAGGAGAUGACAGACUCCUCCCUCCCCUCAUCCCCCAAACUCCCCCACAAUGGAUCCACAACCUCCAGCCACAUGCUCAGGAACUCACAAUCCAACUCACUGCUGUCGGACUGUCUGGACGGUGAGGCAGAGACCGUGAUGCAGCUCCGCAGCGAGCUCAGGGAGAAGGAGAUGAAGCUGACGGACAUCCGCCUUGAGGCUCUCAGCUCAGCCCACCAACUGGACCAGCUCAGAGAGGCCAUGAACCACAUGCAGGGGGAGAUAGAGAAACUGAAGGCAGAGAAUGACCGUCUGAAGCUGGAGAGUACGGGGAGCAGCAGAGCCCCCUCCCAGGCCUCCAUUUCCUCCUCGCCGCCUCACCAUACACACACCCCUACACCAGGGCCUGGCCUGUGCCAGCACAGCAUCAACCUCACCGAGUCCACCAGCCUGGACAUGUUGUUGGAUGAUACAGUGGGAGAUGGAGUGAUGAGGAAAGAGGGACGACACGUGAAGAUAGUGGUCAGUCUGGAUGAGGACCUCGCCCAGGAGGCCAGGGCUCGCCACUUCCUGAUUGGCUGUAUCGGUGUGAGUGGUAAAACCAAGUGGGACAUCUUGGAUGGGGUGGUCCGCCGCCUCUUCAAGGAGUACAUCACCCAUGUGGACCCAGUGAGCCAGCUGGGGCUGACCUGUGACAGUGUGGAGGGGUACAACAUCGGGGAUGUGCAUCGUCAUAGCAACACCGGCGCCGCUCACACCCCCGAGCUGCUGCCCUGCGGCUACCUGGUCGGGGACAGCGACACCAUCAACAUCAGGCUCAAAGGUGUGAGCAGUGAGAGUGUGGACUGCCUGGUGUUUGACACGCUGAUCCCCAAGCCCAUGCUGCAGCGCUACGUGUCUCUGCUGAGGGAGCACCGCCGUGUCAUUCUCUCUGGCCCCAGCGGCACCGGUAAAACACACCUGGCUAACCAUCUGGCAAGACACCUGCUCCUGCAGGAGGGCCGACCCCUGACCCCUCACUCCGUCGUCACCUUCAACGUGGACCACAAGUCUAGCAAGGAAUUACGUCAGUACCUGUCAGGCCUGGCUGAGCAGUGCAGCGGUGACAGACUAGAGGCAGAGAGCCCUCUAGUGGUCAUACUGGAUAACCUGCACCACGUCUCCUCUCUGGGAGAGAUCUUCAACGGGGUGUUCAACUGCAAAUACCAAUGUUGCCCCUACAUCAUCGGUACUAUGAGCCAGGCCACAUCCUCAGCGCCCAACCUACAACUCCACCACAACUUCAGAUGGGUGCUGUGUGCCAAUCACUUGGAGCCGGUGAAGGGCUUCCUGGGUCGCUACCUGAGGAGGAAGCUGAUCGAGACGGAGAUCGGCAGCCGCAAGCGCGUCCUGGAGCUGGUCAAGGUCAUCGACUGGAUCCCUCGCGUCUGGCACCACCUCAACCGCUUCCUAGAGGCACACAGCUCCUCUGACGUUACCAUCGGGCCACGCCUCUUCCUGUCGUGUCCCAUGGACGUGGCUGGCUCCAGGGUGUGGUUCACGGACCUCUGGAACUACUCCAUCAUCCCCUACAUGCUGGAGGCAAUCAGAGAGGGACUGCAGCUGUACGGCCGUAGGUCAGCGUGGGAGGACCCAGCACGCUGGGUGAUUGACAGCUACCCCUGGUCAGCCACGCCCACACCUGCUGAUUGGCCCCCGCUGCUGCAGCUCCGCCCAGAAGARGUGGGCUUCGACGGUCACUCCGCCCCCAGGGAGGGCAUCAGGAAGGAGCCGUCGCAGAGUGACAGUGACGCAGACCCACUGAUGAGUAUGCUAAUGAGGCUGAAGGAAGCAGCCACUUCCUCCAGCCCUCGGAGAUACGACAGCGACUCCAAUACCAACAGUCACCAACAUGACAUCCUGGACUCAUCGCUGGAGUCAACAUUGUGAUCCGACGACUCCUCCUUCCCAAGAAGACAGAAAAUGCAUUCAGUUCAAGUUUUUAUGUUUUUAUGUUCAGCCCAAUGCAACAUUUCUUUCGAAUGCGUGUUUUUCAAGCUCACAACCACAGAAAUCAGGCCACUUUGAUUGUCAUAUCAGGAACACUUUGGGUGCAGGCAACCCAGAACGAGAGAAGAACUGAACAACAAAUAAAGGAGUGAAACAGAAAGCGGCRGCUGCGAUGUUCUAUUUUUUUGCACCGUCGUGGCCAACCGCUCUCCAGCUAAUUCUCAUGUACCGUUUAGACAAACAACUGACAUACACCAGAGUUUUACACUGUGCAUGGAGCAUCAUCUUCAUCGUCGUUAUUUUCCUUAUCAGCAUCGGUACCGUGGUCUCCUUUAUUUAAGAAAAGAGACUGUGUCUUUGAGCCCAAACCACCACAUCAACAAGCCAGGCUCCUCGCGGCUCUUCCCCAGCUGCAGUGCUCCGAACUGGGCUACAGAUUGAGCUACAGGCCCUCUCCCCUGGAGCAUGGUGCUGGAGGUGUCAUCUUCGUCAUCGCCACAGAGACCAAAUUCACUGGUUCCUCAAUGCCCCCAGUGACACACACACCCAUCACCAUUCACCUGCCCCUACAUGUGACUCCUUUUGUCCCAAACGGGUCGCCGUAGCAUAAGCUUCUUCUCCAGACGAAAGUCUCUACUUUGGUGCUGGACUGAACGUAAAAAGAUGCCUUACUUUUUCUGUAACAGACUAUGUGCAUAGGCUACUUUUUUAUUUUGUCUUUUUGGCUGUAAACUUACAGGGCUUUAAGUCGCCACUCUCUUUGCGUUGUGCCUAGGCAGMUGGGCUUGUAGAACUAUCGUCAUAUCAAACACCAAUGCCAUGUUAUUAAGAGGUUAUUAGGGCUUGAAUAGGGAAACGGACUUYGGCUUCAAUAACAUGUAAUUAAUUGUAUUACUCCCAAUGCUMAGAAGUUGGUAAAAGUUUGGAUAUAACUUAUUAAGGACGACCUGUGAGAUAGAAAAGUGCAUUUGGUUGGUGCUCAAAGUAAAUAAUCAUUUUGUAAUGGAUAUGUAAUYAAUAUGGGGGGAACGAUUAUUAAGGAAUUGUUUUCAUCUCUAUACCUCAUCUACCUUCUAUACACCCCUUUGCGCCUUUGCCAUGCUUGUCGUCUGUUUUGAUUAUGUGAUGUGUAAUGAUUAUUAUUGUCAUGACAAAAUGUUGAGUGAAUAUGUAACGGUGUGUAUAUCCUGCUUUGUUUAAAGUCAUUUUUCUUGAGCUCAUGUUUUAAAGGUACAAAUGAGAGAAGUUAAAGAUUUAGAAUGGUUAUGGCUUCAGGUCAAAACGUAAUAGAUUGUUUUCUUGGCUUCAGAAAUGUGUAUAUUGUCCCAUUUCCUCCGAACCUUCAUCCCAGGYGGGGAAGUGUGUUUUUUUGGUCCGAUAGUUAUUUGUUCCCAGCAUCGCUUCCAUUAUCUUUCAAUGUUUGGGUGUUCCUAGUCAUCAAUCCUAUGCAACAUUCAUUUUGAACUCAAAAUUGAAGCCAAGCCUUAAGGUCAGUUCUUUAAAGUUUUUCAGCACUGCCAAGAGAUGUACAGCAAGUGAAAGAUUUAGUGAAUAAUCUUUGGGGAGCUGGUACAGUCUUUGUUCAUUUACAAAUCAAAUCAAAUGUGUGUCUGUACGCUUGGAGGGGGGUCUCUUGUCAUAGUAAAUGCAAGCACAAAAAAAAACYGAUAUGUAUGCGUUUGUCAGUCUGUAUAUCCACUUGUGAAAACCCUGCUCGCUUUGAGAGGUUUGGAUGGUGAAAUGGAUGUCGCUGUAGAAAUUCACGUGUUCUUAACUCAAUGAAUGUGUAUCAUUCUAUGCUAUGUAAAAUAUAUAUAUGUAACAUAACAGUGUAGAUACUUGAUUACCUUGCAACAUUUUGAUGACUUUUCUAGCCAAUUUGUAACUACUUGAAAAUGAGUAUUUUGUGUACAGUCUCUUUUGCAUCAGAGCAGGUGUGUUGAGUUUAUCAUCAAUGUUCUCUCCAGAGCUUGGAGAACUGAUUCUGAAGACCACUGUACUAGUCUUAAGUUAUUUGUGAUUCAAUAAAAAAAACAUGGUUAUUUAUUAAUUAAUGCAAUGUGACUAUCAAUUAUGGCUCUCUACUGACAUAAACCUAUCGAUCUAUUUGAUGUUUUUGUUGUUGUUCAUUUCCAUUUUGUAACAGAAGUUAUACCAUGUAACUGUUACAUUUUAUUUGGUAUUUGUACAAAACAUAGUGAAAUAUUAACACAUAUAUAUACACACACACACAGUACAUUGAAAUAACAAACUUAGUGAAAUAUUAACACAUAUAUACACACACACACAGUACAUUGAAUUAACAAAUCCGUAUAAAUUAUGCACGAAAUGUCUACACUUUUCAAUAAAAACUGUAAGUCCA